CAGACCAUGACAACUAUAAGUACGCAUGUACCAUGAAGAUCCUCCUCCAUCAACCUUCAGACAGCCACAAACAACAAACCAACUUGAGGCUAGACACCAUGAAGACAGUGUUCAUCCUCGCUCUUGCAGCAUCCACCACCAUUGCCCAGUUGGAAACCACCUGCCAGGGCUUAGGACAAUGCCAACACCAACAACAACCCGGGCAAAAACUGUUGCUGGAUCAGAUGAAGCCAUGUGUGACUUUCCUACAACAUCAGUGCAACCCAAUGAGAACACCAUUCCCCCAAACACAGGGAGAGCAACAUAGCAGUUGCCAAACCGUGCAACAACAAUGCUGCCGACAACUGGCGCAUAUCCCAGAGCAAAUCCGGUGCAAGGCCAUCCAUAGCAUGGAAGAUGCUAUGAUGCGACAACAACACCAACAACAAUGGAAGGAGCCCCAACAUCAAGCACAACUUAAGAGCAUACGGAUGUCGCUUCGGACCCUGCCAUCUAUGUGCAAGACCUAUGUCCCGGUACAGUGCCAACAACAACAACAAUUGGGGCAACAACAACAACAACAACUGCAGGAUCAAUUGAAGCCAUGUGCAACCUUCCUACAACAUCAGUGUAUCCCAUUGAUAAUGACAUUCCCCCAAACACCGGUGCAGAAGCCUACCAGCUGCCAGAACGUGCAAUCCAAAUGCUGCCGGCAGCUAGCACAAAUCCCAGAGCAAUUCCGAUGCCAAGCCAUCCACGGUGUGGCAGAGGCUAUCAGGCAACAACACCACCACCAACCACAACAUGAAGCACAACUUGAGAGCCUAAGGAUGUCACUUCACGUCAUACCGUCGAUGUGCAAAAUCUACAUCCCUGUACAAUGCCCCGCCGCCACCACCACCCCCUACAACAUUCUCAUGGCAGCUACCUAUACCGGUGGUACUUGCUAGUUGAUCAAUGUAGCAGUUGCAAAAAAAAAUGUCAUGCAUCAUCAUGUGUGACUAGUACUAGUUGCAACAUGGAAAUAAUGAACAUGUGUUCCUGCA